GAAUUUUGUUGUGCGUGCAUGCGUUUCUUGGGAUUUUUCUCGUGCGUUUUGGCACGAUCGAAAUCUUUUUUGGGAGAAGUCUGUUGCAAUGUGCCGAUUCUUGGAUUUUUAGACGGAUGCCAAUGCUGCCCCCUGCUGUUGUCGUCACGCGAAAUCGUUCGUACGAAUGGUUGUCCUGUUGCUGAGAUGGAGGAACUGCCGGAUAAUCAAGAGGAUCCCAGAUUGAGUGCCUACUGUACUGACAAGAUCGCUGAUGCGAUCUUUGCGGACCAUGUGGAAUUGGGGUCUCAGUAUGCUGAUGAUGAUUCUUCUCCGGAGGCAGGGUGGGUUCCGAUGGCUGCGAGAAGGCAGUCGCAGUCACAGCCACAGCUGGGGAGCAGCCGGCUUGGUGUCUUCUUGGAAAAUGACAAUUUUUCAGAUGACCAGUCAUUAGCAUCAGCAUUCAAGAACAUGAGCUUGGCAUUGAGGGAUUGCUCUGUUGACAUUGCUACUAAUCCUUUCAACCCUUUCAGUAUUGCAAGUAUUGCACCCAUGAGUGGACGCUAUUCUGCAAGCCGUGUGAAUUCAUCCGCUGACAGCAUGAUGAACCCAUCCCAUCGUCAGGAUGCUCUCAGGCCCUCAUCUCUGAACAUCAAUGUUGCUGAAUACAUGGAGCCCAAGUACGGUGUAAGGAAUGUUCAAAUGUACACUGGGUUGCAUGGCUCGGAUUAUGUUUCUGGGGACCCGUUUAAUCGACCAUCAGCUUCACCUUUACACAAACAGUAUUUUCUUGAUGGGCAGUUGCAGGCUAAUGCACCAUAUCAGCAGAUGGGUCCAAAUUUCGGGAGGCAAGAUACUGAUGCUGAGAGGCAUUAUCUUUUGCAAUCCCAGUGUGCUUAUCAGCAAAUGCCACAGGUUGCUGGAUCUGAUGUUCAUUGGAUUAGAAGCAACCAACAUGGUUUUAUUCACUCCCCUGCUAUUCCUGCAUCUGGAGCUCCAACUUAUCUUGGGAUACCGAAGGUUGAUCAGCCAGCACAUGGCAGUGCUGAUGCUUACUGGAAUGGUGCUGCUAUUUCACAUGGAAACAACCAGCUGAAUUCCACAUUUGUGAACAAUUGCUCAUGUAUAAUUUACCCUGAUUGUUCACGUGAAAUCUGCAACUAUUGCCAGAUCAAGCAGGCAGAGAAGUUAAAUCAUCGUUAUGGGCUCAGGCGUUCAUCCAAAGGUUUCCUGCAGCAUCAGUUUUUUGAUAAAUUCAGCAUUAAAAGUUUCCCUGGAAAGACGAUGAUGAAGUCUGGCGGUAUAAAUUCAAUGAGAAAUAUUCAAUCUGGCCUUGAACCUAAUGGCUGCAUUGAAAUGAACCAGAUAAUUGCCCAUCAUGGGGAUAAUCAACAUCUUAAUAUUCAGGGCAAUGAUUUACUGCGUCUUGACUGGCCAACCUCCCAGGCUCUGUCACCCAUGGAAUCUGAAUAUGGUUUGGCUAUGAAAACUGCUCAAAUGAAUUUUAGUUCAGUGGAUGAAGUUGUUGGCAAGAUUCAUCUCUUGGCAAAGGAUCAGAAUGGUUGCCGCUUUCUACAGAGGAUAUUUACAGAAGGUACUACAGAGGAUGUUAAAAAGGUCUUUGAUGGAAUCAUUGAACAUACUGCUGAGCUUGUUGUCGAUCCAUUUGGAAACUACUUGGUGCAAAAGCUACUUGAAGAGUGCAACCAUGAUCAGAAGAUGCAUAUAAUUUAUGAAAUAACCAAAAGACCUGGGCAGCUCAUUAAAUUUUCAUGCGACAUGCAUGGGACACGUGUAGUGCAAAAGGUGAUAGAAACAAUAAACUCCCCAGAUGAAGUUUCCAUGGUUGUAUGUGCUCUGAGCUCUGGUGCCAUCACUUUGAUGAUGGAUGCAAAUGGCUGUCAUGUUGCACUCCGCUGCUUGCAAAAAUUCUCACAUGAGCACAAAGCAUUCCUUCUUGAUGCGGCCAUGGAAUACUACUUUGAGCUAGCUGAAGAUCGUCAAGGUUGUUGUAUCAUUCAGAAAUGCAUUCUUCAUGCAAAUAAGGAGCAGAAGAACCAAUUGUUGUACAAUAUCACAUCCAGGGCCCUUGAGCUUUCAGAGCAUCAGUAUGGGAACUAUGUAAUACAGUAUAUCCUUGAUCUGCGCAUUUCAUGGGCGACAGAUGAAAUACUGAACAAUCUGGCAGGUCACUAUGGAUAUCUAUCGAUGCAAAAAAGUAGCAGCAAUGUGGUAGAAAAAUGUUUAAGAGAAGCAGCAGGGCCUGAACGUGUUAAAAUCAUUCACGAGCUUGUCAAUGACCCCAAGUUACUGCAUAUCUUGAUCGAUCCGUAUGGGAACUAUGUGAUCCAAACAGCCCUCAAGGAGUGUGAGGAUGCUGCAGGACGUGCUGUGCUUAUAGGAGCCAUUAGGCCGCAUGUUGCUGCUCUUCGGAACAACAUGUUUGGAAAGAGGAUUCUGUCAAAAACUUACCUGAAGAACAGGAAGUACUAAUUUUUGCACCUUUGGGCUUUCCUUCUGGAGUCCACCUGUCAGGCAAUGUGCAUAAGGUGCAACACUAAUGUAUCUGUAAGAAUCAUAUGCUACAAAAUAGACCCACUCAAAUUAAGUAGAUUAAAAGGAGAAAGAAAAAGAGAAAGGAAAUAGUUUGGUUGGACGAAGUUACAUUUUGAGCUACUUCAAGGAACAUGUUGCAAAAUGUAGAACUGUAGAAAUUUUGUCGAAAUAAUUAUGUGUUGUGUUAUUAAGUCGUUAAUCCAUCAGGAUAUCUGUAGGAGAUGCUGUUUUGUAAAACCUCUCUAGUUGUAACUCUGUAAUGGUAUUUAUAUUAUACGAGCUGGCACAUGUCGUGAAGUUAGCUGGUUUUAUGAAUACAACAGUUUGUUGUUUCUGACGGCUGAUCUUAGGGUGUGUUUGGUUGGCUGGAUUUCCCUGGAUGGGAGAUGGCCGUCCAGUUUUUUGAUGUGU